AUGAAUGCUGCUAGUACCCCCAUGGCUCAUAUUAACUUACCUCAAACCCAACCUAGUCCAACACCUCUAUCAUCCCAUUCAAACCAAUUAGACAAGCAACAAACAGGACUAGCAGCUGGAUCUUCAUAUAUAGAUCCAAACAACAAAUCAUCAAGGUCUAGUAAUACACCUGAGUAUCCAGAUGUUAGAAAUCAAUACUCAUUUAUUGAUCCAAAUUUAAAAUUCUCAAAUAGUUUCAGCUCAAAUUCAAAUCAAUCAAAUCAAAGCUUUAGAUUAAGUGAAAAAAUUAAUUUCACUGAGUCAAAUUUAAGAGGUGGUGACUCUCCUAUAAUUCCAAAUAGUUCUGGAUCAGUUCCAAAUGAAGUUACAGAAAUUUCAUUUUAUGAUUCCAAUGAACCUAUAAGCAUUAGAGCUGGUAGAUUGAUUGCCUCUGCACCAUUAUCACUAAGUUCAUUAAUUCAAAGGGAUCCCUUUUUAAGAGUCACAUUGCUCAAAAUGCGGAAAGAGAGAAAUAAUUUAGCCCCAAUAAGUCAUUUAAAUUUCAAACCAGAAGAAUUAUUAAAACAAUUGAUUGUUGAUGAUGCCUCAAAUGAUGCAAAAUCAGACUUAGCUUUCAAGACGCGAUUAAUGGAGAAUGAAGGAUUAGAUGAAGUUAAAGGUACAACUGAACGUAAAGAAACUCAAAUAUUGCAUAUUCCAGGUUCUGAACGUGAUACUUUAUGUAAAAUUCAAAAUCUUUUACCAGAGGAAAAAUUAGUUUGGUUAUUAGUGGAUAAAUUCUUCAGAUCAACUCUAGCUGGAUUCAUACCAUUUGUUACUGAAGAAAAACUUAGAGAAAGAUUAUCAUAUUGUAUCAAUAAAGAUGAGAAUGACAAUACAAAAUAUGUUAUCAAAGUUGCAUCAAGAUUCGAUUUUUCGUAUCUAGGAAUGUUAUUAAUUAUUAUGAGAUUAACUUAUUUAAGUACAACCCCAAAAUCAAAUAAUACUUCAGAAGAGAUUUAUAUUUUAUCAAACCCAAUAGGUAUCCAAUUUAUAAACGCUGCUCAGAUGUGUUUAAAUCAAUUCAAGUUGUUGAGAAGAGGUUCAUUAGCAGUGCUACAAUGUUCAUUAUUCAUGAGAUUAUAUCAUAAAUAUGCACCGGAAGACGGUGAUGGAUCUGAUGGUGGUGAUAGUCAAGCCUUUUUAGGACUAUUAUUACAAAUGGGUAGUUCGAUUGGAUUAAAUCGUGAUAUGAAACACUCAAAACUAUUGCAACAUGAGUUAAGGUUACACAAUCUAUGGAGAAUGGUUUGGCAUGAGAUUGUUACUUUAGACUUAACUCAAAGCUUGAAUAUGGGGAAUCCAUUUUUAGUGAAUUCAAAUUGUUUUGAUACAGACUUACCAAGGCUAGAAGACAAUGUAAAAAACAAUACAUUAAUGGAUCAUAAUAUUUGGAAAGCUGUUGUUGAAUCUUUUAAAACAAAUAAUGAAAUCAAUGAGCUUGUCAGAGGAAUUUUGGAUGAUAUUUUAAAUCUGAAAGAACCUUGUGUUUUAGAAGAAUUACUGCCCAAAAUCCAGAAAUUAGAGAAUUAUACCGUGGAAAAUAUAGGUACAACAAGUUGGAUUAUAAAUUUAGAAAUCAAUAAUGUUUUCGAUGAAAUUAACAAAACUUUCAAACUAAAGACAUGUAUUGAAUUGAGAACUGCACUUUAUGUUAUUCAUUAUCAUAUUUACUUAAGAUCUGGUAGGUUUUCAAGUUUGAUCAAAGUCUUCGAUAUCUGUGUUGAAUUAUUACCUAUGAGCUUAUUAAUUACAACAAUGAAUAAUGGUAAAACUAAUUAUUUUGAUGAAUUAUUUGGAUUUGGUGCACAAUUAUUAUUAACUCCCUAUAUAUUGGUUUCAUUACAAAAAAUAUGUCAAAUUUUGAAAAGUUUUUGGGCAAGAUGUUUGGAUUAUAAAUAUAAUUAUCCCAAACAACAACCAAGAUCAAUGAUUAUUCAACAAAUUCAUGAAGAAACUCAACGCAAAUCAAAGAUUGUUAAAGAUUGUUUCAACUCUUUAAGUUCAACUUAUUAUCAAUCAUGGAGGACAAGUAAAUCUCAAAACGUGAUUUAUAAUUUAUUACAGAAUGAGUCAAAUAAUCUUUUCGAUAGAACAAGUGAUAUAAACAAAGAAUGUGAAUCUGUAGCUGAUGAGGUAAAUCAUUUCAAAGCUUUACCACAAAGAAAUGAAUUGAAUGAAAUGUCAAUCAAUGAAUUGGAAGCUCUAUUAUCAGCAUUAAAAUAUUCACAUUAUGAAGUAUCAUUGAAAAAUAAAUUGAAAAAUCGUAAAACAACAAUAAAUCCAACAACUCCAGGUUUCAAUUACCCUUCAAAUAUUUCAGAAAAUGGAGUAAACACAUCAUCAAUGAAUUCAACACCAGCUUCAAAUAGUACAUCAGGAAUUUAUACAAAAGAUACAGAUUUGUCAAAUAUUGAAAUUGAUAGAUUAUGGUUACAAAUGAUUAGCGGUAAUAAUAUAUUCAAUGAUGGGUUAGGUAGUUUGAGUGGUGAUCAACAAGCUGUUACUAUGUUAGGAAAUGAACAGGAUAACUAUAAUUUGAUGAAUUUUGAUAAAUUGAUAGGAGAUACUUCACCAUAUGAUAUGUUGGGUGAUAUUCCAUUCUAUAAAGAGAGAUAG